GUGCAAUCUUUGGCUUCAGUUGAGCCAGGAAAAGCUGCCUUGAAGGCAUUGGUGACAGGAGAGGUUCCUUGGCUGCUUCUGACGUAUCUCCUUCCUCUUGUAUUCUGUAUAAAGAAUCUCAGCUUGUAGCAAACAUCCCAGCACCAGACAGCAGAGGACAGGCAGGAUCUCCUCCUCACUGACCAUGGUCUGCUUCUCUAUCACUGCCUGCAUAUAGUGUGAGCAGUCAACCUCAAUCCCAGGGGGGUGGCAGCUGGAAUGAGAAAACUUUGUCCAGAGCUAGAGGGAAAAAGUUAUUGAAGCUGCAGCCUGUGUGAUCUCCUAUUGUACUCAACCCCAUACAGCACCUGCAGGCAGAAGCACAAGCAAGUCUGGAUCAUGAGCUCUGUGAACAGCUCCAGAGCUUAGGACCUGCUACUGGAAGUGACCACUGUCUGCUGGACCCAAGGACUGCUCACCAGGGAUUAUUGCAUGCUGCAUUGCUGACACAUUUUAUGGACCUUUUCAUUGUUGACUUUGUAUGAUCAAUUCAUCACUUGUGAACAUGCUUAUCAAGCACUUUGUGGCUCUGGCUGUUAUCUUGUUCCAAGGAUUUCAGUGCAACUCAGAGCAUCAAAGAGAAAGUGAAAUAUUAUCUAAACUUGAACUAAACCCAGCCAAUGAAUACCUUGAAAUCAAAGUGAGACGAAACCAAAAUUUUACCUGCAGAGGAACUGGGCCCAUGAUGUGGUACUGGGAACAUAUACCGUACUAUAACCAUAGCAGAAUGGAAGUAACAUCGGAUAGGUGCUCAGAACCAGAUCAGAGCCACCUGACCUGUAGCUAUUUAACACUCACCAAAGCCCAAGUGAAGGACACUGGAUACAUAAGGUGCUGCUAUGAACAUCAAACCAAGAGUAAUCGCCGACUCCAAGCUAAAAUAUAUUUGUAUGUGAGAGAUAACUCUCAGCCAUUCCUAGAAAUGAACACUCUUAAACCUGGUACUGCACAUAUGGAUGCUAAGGCGAAAGAACUGAUUGUUCCAUGCCGCGUGAGCUCACCGAAAUUUAAAGUCACUUUGCAUUAUUUCAACAAUAAAUUUAAAAUAGAUCAGCGUGGAAUGGAGUGGGACCCUAAGAUUGGCUUUACAAUACCAUCUCCUCACCACAGUCUUCAAGAAAUUUUACAGUGUGAAACUGAGGUCAGAGGAAAACAUUACCGCACCCUGUUCUGGAAACAAAACGUAGUGCUCAGUCUUACAAAAAUUACCAAUGUGGAAGCGGAGAGUGCAACUCUGUUGGCUGGAGAAACUCUUCAUUUAAGCUGCACUGGAGAAUCCCCCUUUAAUUCUAGGGUGAUUUUGGAUUGGGUGCAUGAAGGAAAGGUUCUGAAGUCGGAGAGAACACUUUAUGAAACGGGCAGUGGCUACCUGGGUGACAGGCUUCUACAAAUAAAAAAUGUAACAAAGAAGCACAGUGGAAUAUACACAUGUAUGAACGUUAACUUUCCAAAUGUGGCCAAAAAUAUUUCGAUAACUGUUUAUGAAAAACCUUUCCUGAAAAUUCAUGGUUCUUCUCACAAUAUUCAUGAAUAUCUAGUAUUGGAAGGUCAAAGUGAGCUGAAAUUGUCGAUAAAAGUUAAAGCAUUUCCACCACCUCAAAGUAUCUGGUUCAAGGAUGGAAGACCAAUAGAAAAGAACAGUACCUGUUACAAAACCAACCCAGAAAAGCACAGCUUGAUUAUAAGAAAUUUAAAGGAAAAUGAUGCAGGGAUUUACACUAUACUGGUCUUCAAUACUCAACAUAAUCUUCAAGACAGUUAUAACUUUACAGUGGAGGUCUAUGUCAAGCCUUCUAUCUUUGAGAAAAAGACAGACUUCUACAGCGUGGAACCAGUUCUACUUGGAGAGCCUCGACGCUUCCAGUGCACUGCUUAUGGAAAUCCUCCUCCCAAAUUCACCUGGGAAUGGCAGCCAUGUGCAAAUACAAGAACAACGUGUGAACUGGAUGCCAGGGUGAAAAGGAUUCUUAUUUUUUCGGAUGAAAUAGAAAGAAAAGAUAGUGAAAGAAGAUCACUUAUUGAAGAAGUUCAAGUGAUAUCUGAAGAGAAAAAUAAGAUUGUGAGCAGUCUGACAACUUCACGGAACAGCAACCAGUCUGGAAUUUUUUUCUGCAAGGCAUCUAACAAAGCAGGAAUGGAUGAAAGAUCAAUGCAUUUAAUUCUAUCAGAGGUUAAAUCAGGAGUGAUGACAAAACAAGAGACAACAGUUCUGGUUGGAGGAGAUAUCACACUUGUCUGCAGUGCAGAAAAAUAUCUUUUUACCAACCUAACAUGGUUCUAUCCAUCUGGAGAUGCUGUGCCGACAGACCUGGCAGCGCUGUCCCAUAAAGAGCAUACUACUCAUCUCUCACUGACUCUCAGAAAUGUGACCAAGGAGCAGGCUGGAUAUUACAAUUGCUCGGCUGAGAAUCAAUAUACAGAAGAAAAAGUGCAGAGGACAAGUAAACUCAUAGUUCUAGACAAGCAGGCUCCAUGGGUGGUGCAGCACCUUGAAAAUACAAUAGUAAACAGCAGUAGCACACUGUUCCUGGAAUGUAAAGUCAAUGGGAAUCCCUCACCCACCAUUACUUGGCUGAAGAAUGGCCUUGUGAUUAGACGAGCUUCAGGAAUAACAUUGCUUUACAAUAACAGUCUGAUGAUUGAGAGAGUGAAAAAAGAUGAUGAGGGCUUAUAUGAGUGCCAUGCAGACAAUGAAAUGGGAUAUACCAACACUUCUGCCUACAUCACUAUUCGAGGUGGAGAAGAAAAAUCUAACAUAGAAGUUAUCAUCCUUGUAUGCACAGGUGUGGCAGCCACGUUAUUCUGGCUUCUUCUCACCCUCUUCAUAAGAAAACUGAAAAAGCCACAUGCCUCAGAAAUUAAAACAGGCUACCUGUCUAUUAUUAUGGAUCCUGAUGAGAUGCCACUGGACGAGCAGUGCGAGAGGCUGCCCUAUGACAGCAGCAAGUGGGAAUUUCCUCGAGAUAGGCUGAGUCUUGGUAAAACACUGGGUCACGGUGCUUUCGGGAAGGUGGUGGAAGCCUCUGCUUUUGGCAUUGAUAAAAGUUCUACUUGCAAAACAGUUGCUGUUAAGAUGCUUAAAGAGUGUGCCACAAACAACGAAUGCAAAGCGUUAAUGUCCGAACUCAAGAUUCUUAUCCAUAUCGGCCAUCAUUUGAAUGUUGUUAAUCUACUGGGAGCUUGCACCAAGCCUGGAGGACCUUUGAUGGUCAUUGUGGAAUACUGUAAGAAUGGAAAUCUGUCCAAUUAUUUACGGAGCAAACGAGGAGAUUUCAUAGCCUACAAGUCCCAGGAAACAGAAAAGACAGCGGAGGACUCAAACAGUGACCUCUCAGAAUUAAUUAAGAGAAGAUUGGAAAGCGUGGCCAGUACUGGUAGUUCUGCCAGCUCAGGAUUCAUAGAAGACAAAAGUUACAGUGACUCAGAGGAGGAGGAAGAAGAUCCUGAAGAUGUGAGCAAGAGACAGCUAACAAUGGAAGAUCUCAUUUGUUACAGCUUCCAGGUGGCAAAGGGCAUGGAGUUCCUGGCCUCGAGAAAAUGUAUUCAUCGUGAUUUGGCAGCCAGGAACAUCCUAUUGUCUGAAAAUAAUGUGGUGAAGAUCUGUGAUUUUGGCCUAGCCCGUGAUAUAUACAAAGAUCCAGAUUAUGUGCGCAAAGGAGAUGCAAGGUUACCUCUUAAGUGGAUGGCACCUGAAGCCAUAUUUGAUAAGAUCUAUACCACACAGAGUGAUGUGUGGUCCUUUGGUGUGCUAUUAUGGGAGAUAUUUUCAUUGGGUGCUUCUCCUUACCCUGGUGUGCAGAUUGAUGAAGACUUCUGUUGCCGACUAAAGGAAGGAACUCGGAUGAGACCUCCAGAAUACUGUACUCCUGAAAUAUAUCAGACAAUGCUUGAUUGCUGGCAAGGAGUCCCAACAGACCGACCAACAUUUACAGAGCUAGUGGAACGCUUAGGAGACCUUCUUCAGGCCAAUGUUCAGCAGGAGGGAAAAGACUAUAUUCCUCUGAACACUGCUUUACGAAUUGACGGGGAUCUAAACUCAAAACCUGGGAAUGAGGAACAAAACAUAAGAAACUCCAUUACACGAUGGAGCAUACUAGAGUCUGGAAACAACAACAAGAACCGACCGCUGAGUGUGAAGACAUUUGACGAGGUGCCAGUGGGAAAGGACAAAGUGCUCAGCGAGGAGGGUGAAUCUGACAGUGGUAUGGUGCUUUCCUCACUGGAAAUGAAGUAUCUCAAGCGGCAAGAGACCCGAUCAUGGCCUUUUGGGAUAAUUGCUAAUGCAAUGAAAGCAGUAAGCAAAAGCAAGGAGUCAGUAUUGGGGGAGAACGAAAGAAAUCAUGUAAAGUACCAGCCAUCUACCCAAAUAGAAGAAGACCUCACACUCGAAGACCUUGUUCUCAUGCCCAUGGAUCUAAACCUUGAGUGUCACAGCCCACCUCCAGAUUAUAAUUCUGUCAUUCAUUAUUCAACUCCUCCAGUGUAGCACCGGUGGCCACUACCCAAGUUAUGACCAACUAACAGCUUGUUUAGUAGUGCAGCCUUAUUUAAGAGACAUUUAACAGAUCAAUGACUGUUUCUUCAGCCCAUAGGAAAAUCUUUCCAGGUAGAGUUGUAUUUUCAUGUGACACAAAGGAGAAACUCCGAUGAGUGGAGAAUCUUUAAGGCCUAUAUCACUGAGAUACCAGCACCAAAUGGACAUCUGAUAACUUAUUAAAGCACAAGAUUUAAGUAUUCAAGUAGGAUCAACAAUUAUAUUUACCCAUCUGUAAUUUCACGUAUUCGCUUUCACUGGCGUUGUAUUAUUUUUCUCACUUACAUUGUUUUUUAUGUCAGUCACAUUUUAACUGUAUUCCAGAAGAAAGUUUGAGCAUACGCUAACGUUCGGCUUUCUUUCUACUGUAUAUAAUAACAUUGAUAGAUACUAGUACCCAAACUAAGAUUUUGGUCAUAUCACUUCCGAUGAUUUGGGCUGUAAUAGUUUUUUCUUAAUAGUAUGUUUUUAUGACCUUUUGUGUUCCUCAUUGUUUUGCAAAAAGCUUCAAACAGAAGUGGCACGGGACAUAAUUUGAAGCUCCUGGAUCUCAUCCCGUCACCUACCAUGUGCUAUCACUCUUAUGAGGCAGAGGGGUCAAUGAGCACCCUCAGGCACCAAGGCUACCUUUGCACACCCUAUCGGUUAUACCCCUGUCGGAAACAGAUUGUAUUGUCUGAGCCAAGUGUGUUGUCACAGGCUGCUGGAUUUCUGUGACUGUCAUUGUCAUGAUAAUGAUGGAACUGUCUUAUGCUGCCUCUAGGUAUGCUCACAUAUCUUUUCUUUUAGAGCUCUUAUUUAAAAUUUGAAAGAAAUAUGCACAUCAUACAGGAAGUAAAUAUGAAGCUAACUUUACUGGUUAUAUUUUACCAUAAUGGAGUUUUCUCAUAAUUAACUUGCUUUUAUAUAAAAGCCAAAUAGUGGGGGUAUUACCUGUGCAUUUGUUUCCAUAACUCCUAUCCAUUUUAGUAUGGGGGAAUUUAAGGGGUUGUCUCCUUACAGACAACUUCUUUCAGAAUGUGACCCUUGAGGCAAAGAGUCACCCUGGCAUACAACUGAUCUUACCAAGGAAGCCUCAGUCAUCCAGGCCUGUAGUAUGGCAUAGUGACCAUUAAGAUUAACAGCUGUCCUUGUAACACAGCGAUGACUUCAGUCCACUUAAAUAUGAGUCACUCAUUCAGAGCAGCUAUCCAUUCUGGAAACUUGAGUGGGGGACCGACUUCUGUGAUGUUCAUCUGGUCUAUGCACAUGGACAAGGGUUGUCUUCAUGAAAGAUUUAACCAUAUCAAAUCUCCACCAAAACUGGAGAUUGUUCUCUUUUUUCUCUGAAGUAUUUUUAUUUCAGAUCAUCAAUGUCAUUGCAAAUCACUUUGAAAUCAUAAUACUUCUACAUAGUUGGAGAUACUUCUCUAACUCUGACUGCCAGAUCUUGGGGACAUUGAUGGGACAUUGUCAAAAAGUUAAAGGGUUGGCAUGGUAUAGACAUUUUUUUUCUUAGUAGGUGCUGUGGAAAAUGAGUUGAUCACAGGACACCUCUCUCUGCUAGGAACCCCAGCAAUCCAAGGGACCUUAGCAGCAAGUGUUAGUUUCCAAUGCAGCGCCACCACAGGCUAAAUAAAGCAUUGCACAAUGCCUUUUAAAAUCAAUAGACAUGCUGGGUCCUCCAAAGUUAUUAACUCAGAUCUAACUAAUGAGUUAAUGGAAAGGGGUUUUCUAAACCAAACACUCCUUUUAAUGAUAGCAAAACCACUUUAUUGUAAGAUGGUGGAGUUGGGUUACCACCAAAAUGUUAUUUAAGCAGCAAAGAAACCAUUACUUUUUGUUACUUGUGUAUUUUAGCUCUUGAGACAACUCAGGAGACCAGGGACACUACUCAUUACUUGGUGCUUUUCUGCUGUUUCACAUUGAUUUUGUUGUAUCUGAUAAAAUAAUAUGUUGCCUUAAAGUAUUAUAAGUGGCUUUGUAUAUUUACUAAUAUUUUCUGGUAUUUUAUAUCCACAGUAAUUUAAUUACCGUAUUUCGUUCCUCCCCCCCCCCCCCCCCUUCAUGUAAUGUACAGUAUAAAGUUCAUAUAGCAAAGCCUUCUGGUUAUAUGCAAGAACACACUAUUACUGGCGAACUCUCGGUGCCUGCAAGGCAUGGCCUGUUUUUUUUUUCAUUUACGUUAGACUUGGGUUUCUGCUUGAUAACACUGGCUUUAUGCUAUGUCGUAUUAUAACAAAUUGUCUUACUCAUAUAUCAGUAUAUAUCAGUAUAUGGAAAGAAAAUGCUAGAGGCAAUGAAGAUCUAUAGCCUUGCACAAGGAUUUGCUUAUGCUUUGUGAAUCCCAACCACUGUAUGUCAUAAAGUGGAAUAUUAUAUUGUGAAACGGUAAACUAUUUUAGAGAUGCCAACAAGACUUUUUAAUGCAUUGUUUGCAAUUUGUCACAUUAAACUCCAACCAGAAAUCCUGGGCACUGAAUUGAAACAUA